AUGUUUAUUCGAUUAUCGAAUAAAUUCUAUUGGGAGAGAAUACAAGUUUUAGUAUGUAAACAAAUAUUGACUAUGAACCAGUUCACUGCCCUUCAGAAGGAGGUCAUGUUCACGUGUACUUCUGUUGGGGGAAGUCGGUCAAAACGCGCACCCGGAAGGAUUGUAUCACAUUAAAGCGUGCGCGGUAAUUUUACACAUCCGAAAUGCGCUAAUGCGCGAUCAGCGCGGAUGAAAUCGAGUCAUUCACUUUUUAAUUUCCGUCCGGGAAAGACAUUUUUUAUGAUCACGGUGGUACUACGGUACCUUUUACUCGGAUUUAUUCGGAAACACGAUCCCCAUGGCCAUGCACGGAGAUAUCUCAGAUAGAACUAUUUACGGUACUUUAUCGCGAUCUGGAUCUAUACACGGAAAACUAAAUCCAACCCUAGCCGGACUCUAACCUAAUACCAUCGGAACAUAUUCCACUGGCACUGAUGAUACCGUACAUCUGAAAACUGUUAGUGUUAAGAUGGUUAAAUUUAGGGUAGGCCUAGAUUCUAGGCCUAUACGGUACUCUUCGCUUCGGCCUAGUCCUUUAAUUCGGACAGAUCUACGGAACCAAUUUACUUAUAUAGGCUACCUCGGCCGGCCUCGGAGACAUCUCACACGUGAAUUCACUAAAACUCAAUUUUAGUCGCAUGUACCGGUACUGUAGGCCAGCUACACUGCAGAUUGAUAAGCUAACUCUUCGACCACAUUACGGUACGGUACUGGCUCCUCAAUUUCGACGGUCGACUCUAAAGUAUGAUUAUCGCGGCAGACAUCAAAACUUGACUGGUUCAAUGAAAUAAUCAAUGCCUCAAGAUGGGAAAACAUAAAGGAUCAACCAGCAGAGGAGGCAGGGGGAAAGGAGCCAAAGGUUCAAGGAGACGCCCACGUCCACGGAGUCUAUGCGGUCAGAGUACCGGUACGGGUACCGGUACGACUACGAGCAACGAGAGCCACAACGGAGAGCCCGGCAAGCCAGCAGCCGACCAGACCGGGGGUGAUCGAGCCUUCGCUAGGCGAUGGACCAGAGAUAGAGCUCUCAACAAGCAACCACCUCCCACCCACGUUAACCCACGACGAGCCACCAGUCAUCCGGGCUCGAAGAAUCUGGCUGUUUGGCGACAGCUUACAAUGAGGGCUCGGGAGAGGGCCGUCACCACGGGGAACCACAACCUUGGGGGCUGAUUAAAGGCUACGAGGUGUACUAGUUGGUGGAGCCGUGGGGGUACUACGCUUCCCAACUGCCCGAGUGACCUCCAAGGGGGACUGAGAUACAGCCCCAUACCAACCUUAAUAAUCAUUCACGUGGGAUCCAAUGGAUUCAAUGAUUGGGCAGCUAUAUAGUGCCAAAGAAAGUAGACAAGCUGGAGAUAACGCACUGAAUUCAACCAGAGCUCUACGGCCGUGGUGCGACAUAUGUUUCUCAAGCAUCUUGCCACGCCUUACUAUUAUGCACAAGAAAGAACUAUCACCUCACAGGCAGCUAGUGACAAUGUCAGGAAAUCUGUGAACGAGUAUAUAUGCCAAGAGAAGGAUUCGGUGCAUGCACAAUGCGUCAUUUAUCAACCACAUCUUACACUAUCAUGAACACCGGUACUACAACAGAGGUGGCAUCCAACGGUCAGACGAAGGAAGUGACAUCCUGAUUAGUGAUUUCAAUAGGGCAGGUUAAUUUGCCCUCACUGGACAAGACUUGAAUGAAUAAGAGAGCUCUAAGAGUCCCAGGAUUGGCGAGUGCGAUUCCUUUAAUUGAUCUGGGAAUAGCGAAGGAAAGACACUGGACGUGCAGGGAAGUGUUGUUUAAUUACACAACCCAUGAUAUGGCACUCAUACUAUUAUAAUGGUUUUUCUCAUGCUUAUAUUGGUUCGUUAUCUUUUUAACCAAACGGUACCUUCGGCUCAUACCGAAGAGAAAUACAAGAGAAACAUUAAGAUUUAAUGAACGAAUGAGUAACACCGACAAAUAAAUUCAAUAGAUCAUUAGCACGAAGUGCUCAAAGGUUAAGCAACUGGCAUUAAGACAAGCUGAUAGUUUUGAAUUUAGUUUGGUUAUACCUUACAAUGCAAUCACAUCUGUCAUAUUGGCGUGGGUGCAUGGACACUCGCACCUGAUUGGACAUGGGUAAUAGUGAAAAUAAACUUGGGAGUUAAUUAAUGAACAGAGAACCUCUUUCUGCCAAAUGGCAAGAUAUACAGAAACAGUGCCUAUCCAAUGGUUCUUUUCUUGGUACGAAAGUUGCUCGGGUCAGUGCUUAAUGGUAACUACUUUGGUGCAAAUGAACAAAUCAAAGAAUUGGCAAA